GCGGGGAGGGCCCUGGGCCGCCCCCUCAGCCCCCGCCCGCCCCGCCUGCCCACCCAAAGCGCUAGACUAGAAGGCAAGGGCUGGCGGUGUGUCCCCCGCGCGCUCUGCCAGCUCGGCGCCCAGCUCCUACCUGUAGAGUCCGGGGAGGGAGGCGCCCCCUCCUCGGUCACUAUCCUCUCUCCUCCUUCGGAAACCUCCCGUCCAGCUACCCGCGCGUUUCGGGCAGGUGGCCCGGGGACUCCGAGAGAGGGGUGCCAGGCUCGCUGCGGGUGACAUGUAGACGCCCUCCCUGCCGCGGUCCAGUCUCGGAACCCGGGCGCUCUCCUGGUCGGAAAGUUUGGGGCUGGGCGCCAUGGCCAAAAGCAGCUCCCUGAACGUCCGCGUCGUGGAGGGCCGGGCGCUGCCCGCCAAGGAUGUGUCGGGGAGCAGUGACCCUUACUGCAUAGUGAAAGUGGACGACGAAGUUGUGGCCAGGACAGCAACCAUCUGGCGGAGCCUGAGCCCCUUCUGGGGGGAGGAAUACACCGUGCACUUGCCCCUGGAUUUCCACCAUCUGUCCUUCUACGUGCUGGACGAGGACACGGUGGGGCACGAUGACAUCAUAGGCAAGAUCUCGCUGAGCAGGGAGGCCAUUACAGCGGACCCCCGAGGAAUCGACAGCUGGAUCAACCUGAGCCGUGUGGACCCAGACGCGGAGGUGCAGGGUGAGGUCUGCCUGGCCGUGCAGACGCUGGAGGACGUGCGGGGCCGUUGUCUUCACUGUCACGUGCUCCAGGCUAGGGACCUGGCCCCCCGAGACAUCUCUGGCACAUCUGACCCAUUUGCACGUGUGUUUUGGGGCAGCCAGAGCUUGGAGACUUCGACCAUCAAGAAGACUCGCUUCCCAUACUGGGAUGAGGUGCUGGAGCUGCGGGAGAUGCCAGGUUCCCCAUCCCCUCUGCGAGUGGAACUCUGGGACUGGGACAUGGUUGGCAAGAAUGACUUCUUGGGAAUGGUGGAGUUCCCCCCACAGGUCCUGCAACACAACCCGCCCAAUGGCUGGUUCCGCCUCCUGCCCUUUCCCAGAGCAGAGGAGGAUUCUGGCGGGAGCUUGGGUGCUCUGAGGCUGAAGGUGCGCCUGACCGAGGACUCUGUCCUGCCCUCACAGUACUACCAGCCGCUCAGGGAGCUGCUCAUGGAGUCGGUGCUGGGGCCAGCAGAGGAAGAUGCCGCCAGCCCCUUGGCUGUCCUGGAGGAGUUGACCUCGGGGGACUGCCGCCAGGAGCUGGCCACCAAGUUGGUGAAGCUCUUUCUGGGCCAGGGUCUGACUGGGCCCUUUCUGGACUAUCUCACCCGGCGCGAGUUGGCACGGACCACUGACCCCAACACCCUCUUCCGUUCUAACUCCCUGGCGUCCAAGUCAAUGGAGCAGUUUAUGAAGCUCGUGGGCAUGCCCUACCUGCAUGAGGUCCUAAGGCCGGUGAUCAACCGCGUCUUCGAGGAGAGGAAGUACAUGGAGCUGGAUCCCUGCAAGAUGGACCUGGGCCGCACCCGGAGAAUCUCCUUCAAGGGUGCACCCUCCGAGGAACAUGUGCGGGAGGCCAGCCUGGGGCUGCUGACCGGCUACCUGGGGCCUAUCGUGGAUGCCAUUGUGGGCUCCGUGGGGCGCUGUCCACCCGCCAUGCGCCUCGCCUUCAAGCAGCUGCGCCAGCGCGUGGAGGAGCGUUUUCCCCAGGUGGAGCAUGAGGAUGUGAAGUACCUGGCCAUAAGCGGCUUUCUCUUCCUGCGAUUCUUCGCACCUGCCAUCCUCACCCCGAAGUUGUUUGACCUCCGGGACCAGCAUGCAGAUCCCCAGACCAGCCGCUCACUGCUGCUGCUUGCCAAGGCUGUGCAGAGCAUUGGAAAUCUGGGCCAGCAGCUGGGCCAGGGCAAGGAGCUGUGGAUGGCCCCCCUACACCCCUUCCUGCUGCAGAGUAUUUCCAGGGUGAGAGACUUCCUGGACCAGCUGGUGGACAUGGAUGGGAAGGAGGAGGCUGGGGGCCCAGCCAGGGCCCUGGUCCCGCCCUCAGUGACUGUCCGAGAAGGCUACCUGCUCAAGCGCAAGGAGGAGCCUGCCAGCCUGGCCACACGCUUUGCCUUCAAGAAGCGCUACUUCCGGCUCAGCGGGGAGACGCUGUCCUACUCCAAGAGUCCUGAGUGGCAGAUGCGCUCCUCCAUCCCCGUGUCGCACAUCCGAGCUGUGGAGCGCGUUGACGAGAGCGCCUUCCAGCUGCCCUACGUGAUGCAGGUGGUGACGCAGGACGGCGCGGGGGCGCCGCACACCACCUACCUCCAGUGCAAGAACGUGAACGAGCUCAACCAAUGGCUGUCGGCCCUGCGCAAGGCCAGCGCCCCCAACCCGGACAAGCUGGCCUCCUGCCACCCCGGUGCCUUCCGCAGCGGGCACUGGACCUGCUGCCUCCAGGCCGAGCGCUCAGCUUCCGGUUGCAGCCGCACGCACUCAGCUGUCACCCUGGGGGACUGGAGUGACCCCCUGGAUCCUGAUGCUGAGACCCAGAUGGUGUAUCGGCAGCUGCUUCUGGGGCGGGAUCGGCUCAGGAUGAAAUUCCUCGAGGAUUCCAGCAUGGAUACAACUCUGGAGGCAGCCACAGAGCAGGGUUCCAGUGCCAUGGAAGGGGCCUGUACUGAUGCCCUGGCUCGGCAGAGGGAGGCAGCUGCCCGCCUGCUGGAGGUGCUCACAGACCUGGAUCAAGCCCACGAGGAGUUCCAGCAGCAGGAGCAGGGGAAGGUGGUUUCGGGCCCCCUGAGGCCCUAAGGAGAUGCCAGAGUCAGCCUGGAAGGAGGAGGAAGGAGCCAGUGGGCCCUUCUCAACAUCCCCUGGCCCAGGAAUCCCCUCAUGGCUGCCCUGUACCUCACUGAUGUUGUGACUUGCAGGCUCCUAGAGAUAUCCUAGUCCCAUGUGUCCUAAGCCCAAAACCCAGGCAUGGAAGUCCUUUGGCUGGGGACCAGCCUUGCACUGAAUGAAUCUCACCCUCUGGGUUGAGGCAGACUGGAGUGGAUGGAAUACGGAAUCCGACUUACUUGGCUCAGCUUGAGGUCUCUGCUUCACUGGACUGGCCUCUACCCACACUGGCAAGGGCAGCCUGGCCCUGAGCUGCUAGAUACAGCUGUACCUGAAUCCCUGAUGCCCUUGUGGCCUUGUGGCCCAAGACAGGCACUUAAAUGGGCUCAACCCUUCCUAUUUUCAUGUCUGCCAAUCCCUGUAACCUCAUUGAUCCUCCUGAACCCUGUCCUCGGCCAAGAAUCCUAACCACAAACUUCUACAAUCCAGAGCCCUCAGUAAUAACUGAGGCCGAGAGCCCAGUGCCUGACUCAGACCCUUGAAGCCUGAGAGACCUCAGGCCAGGCUCUUUCCCCCUCUCUGAGCCUCAGUUUACCCUGUAUAAAAUGAGUGAGUGAGUUGAUAUGUGUGAUUUUCAAAAUGG